GAAAGCUUUCAAAAAUAGAUUUAUUCUUAGCAUAAUGAGACAGAUUUAAUUUACUGGAUCCACCUAUGGAACCAAAAUGGCAAUUCCUGGCCUUUGGCGUAGUCCUCACUGUAAGUACAGUAAGUUUGUCUUUUGUAGCUGGAAUGUACUUUCAGCAGCAAGACGCCAAAAAACGCCUAAAUAAAAUAAUAGAAAAGGAUCCCUAUGCUUACUAUGUUAGUCCAAAAUUUGAUGAAGUGUUUGGCCUUUUCGAGGACCAGGAGCAUCACACUCACCGCAUGGCAAAGAUCAUGAAGUACGGAUUUCCUGGCCUAGACGAUCUUCGGCUUUAUUCUGAUUUUGUAUUAUCAUACGAUCGCCGGAACCGGGUAGCCCAUUGGGUAUGUGAACAUCUUGAAAUAGACCAACUACGAACCGAUAGGAUAAGCAGACGUAAUCGGACCUAUCAACCGGACAUGCGAGUGCCCUCUAACUUCCGGUCAGAACUAACUGACUACCGCAGAUCCGGAUUUGACCGUGGUCACUUAGCAGCCGCUGGGAAUCACCACUUGGAGUUGGAACAUUGCCAGGAUACUUUUUUCCUCACCAAUGUUGCUCCGCAAAUUGGUGAAGGAUUCAAUCGUGGUGCCUGGCGGAAUCUGGAGACUUAUGUGAGAAAUCUUGUACACCGAUUUGGAUCCGUAUAUGUCUGCACGGGUCCGCUUUAUAAGCCACAUCAAAAGGAUGGCGGAAAGUUUGGUGUGGAAUAUGAAAUGAUUGGCCUGAAUAUGGUAGCAGUGCCCACUCACUUUUUCAAGGUGAUUAUGGUUGAGUCGAUCUUACCCAUGGGCAAGCCCUAUAUGGAAGGAUAUGUCCUGCCUAAUGCAGAGAUUCCAAAGGACCUGACCCUUCGCUCCUUCCUCUGUGACAUUCGGGAAAUUGAACAUUACGCGGGUCUCAAGUUUUUUGACGGUAUACGGAGAAGUGCUAUAUUUGGCAGUAAUUAUUCAAGUGAAUCACAGGUUUUCCGCGAUUUCCGCUAAAACACCAU